UCAUUCAGUGGUAUUCACACUUCACUGACUCUGCACACACACAGGGUGGACACACACUCACCGCAAACCUAGAAACACACACAGAGACUCAUUUAGUGAAACCUGUGAAGAUGCCGUGUGUCUCCUCUCAUCUCGACCAGAUUGUGAAGAUGCCUUGUAGCUACAGCUCUGUAGUUGAUAAACUUCUCAUGGUAGAACAGAUCCUGUCAGAGUUCAGGCUGAGUAAGGAAGAGCUAAAAGAAGUCAUGAAGAGGAUGCAGCGUGAGAUGGACAGAGGACUGCGUUUAGAGACUCAUGAAGAGGCCAGUGUCAAAAUGCUUCCAACUUAUGUCUGCUCCACCCCCGAGGGAUCAGUGUGUGUUUUGACAGAGGUAGGCGAUUUCCUGGCUCUGGACCUGGGCGGGACAAACUUCCGUGUGAUGCUGGUGAAGGUGGGUGCCGAUGAGGAGAGGAGCUGGAAGGUGGAGACCAAGAACCAGAUGUACUCUAUUCCUGAAGAUGCCAUGACAGGCACUGCCGAAAUGCUAUUUGAUUACAUAGCAGAGUGCAUGUCAGACUUCUUGGACAAACAUCAUCUCAAGCACAAGAAGCUUCCUCUGGGUUUUACCUUCUCCUUUCCUGUACGACAUGAGGACCUUGACAAGGGUAUCCUGCUUAACUGGACCAAAGGCUUCAAGGCUUCUGGGGCAGAAGGGAACAAUGUUGUGGGUUUACUCAGAGAUGCUAUCAAGAGACGAGGGGACUUUGAGAUGGAUGUGGUUGCCAUGGUGAAUGACACAGUAGCCACCAUGAUUUCCUGUUAUUACGAGGACCGCAGCUGUGAAGUCGGGAUGAUUGUUGGUACUGGUUGUAAUGCGUGUUACAUGGAGGAGAUGAGGACUGUAGAGCUAGUGGAGGGGGAGGAGGGCCGGAUGUGUGUGAACACAGAGUGGGGGGCAUUCGGAGACAACGGGGAGCUGGAGGAGUUCAGACUGGAGUACGACAGAGUGGUGGACGAGACCUCAAUUAACCCCGGACAGCAGCUUUAUGAGAAGCUGAUCAGUGGGAAGUAUAUGGGUGAGCUGGUCAGGCUUGUUCUGAUGAAGCUGGUGAACGAAGACUUGCUGUUUAAUGGUGAAGCCUCAGAGCAGCUGAAGACACGUGGCAGCUUUGAGACGCGCUACGUCUCACAGGUGGAGAGUGACACUGGGGAUGGAAAGCAAAUCUACAAUAUCCUGUCUUCGUUGGGUGUUCUGCCGUCAGAGCUGGACUGUGACAUUGUGCGUCUGGUCUGUGAGAGUGUUUCCACUCGCUCUGCUCGUAUGUGUGGUGCAGGGCUUGCUGGUGUGAUUAACCUGAUGCGAGAGCGACGCAGCCAGGACGCCCUGAACAUCACAGUGGGGGUUGACGGAUCUGUCUACAAGCUGCACCCAUGUUUCCGUGACAGGUUCCACAAGAUUGUCAGGGACCUCACGCCUCACUGUGAGAUCACCUUCAUCCAGUCGGAGGAAGGGAGCGGUCGAGGAGCUGCUCUUAUCUCAGCAGUGGCCUGUAAGAUGGCUGCAUGUAUGCUGUCACAGUAAAAGGAGCUGAGCACUGAGCUGUCUCCCAGCAGGACAGCAGUGAGUCAAGCCUGAACCCUGAUCUGAGAACACUGAUGACAUGUCAUCCAUAGUCUGCAGCUCUGGCCUUUUUCGGGCUCUGAGCUAUGUGUGUCAGCAAAGUGGAUGCUCAAUACUGGAAGAUGUACAGAAAAGCAGCAAACAACUUGUAUUAUAGACUGUAUUUGGUAGUGGUAGACCAACAUGUGGCAAUUUCAUUGUUUUGAACUUUAUGAAUUGUUUUACUGUGACAGACUGGCCCAUUUAAAAAUGGCUGAUGUAUUAUUGGUAAUACAACACAAGGAUUCUUUUUAUAAAUGCUGUUGUAAAUUAUGACUAAAUCAAAUUCCUUGCUUUGUUGUGUAGUAAUUCCUGUUUGUAAGCAAGGAAAUAUUUAUUUGGUAUUGUAUAUUAAAAUCUUAUGUUUACAACCUUUUGUGUGUUAGCCAGUAGGUUGUAGUUUUUCACAUGUGUAUGAUGAAAUGUGUUUUGAAUGUGAAUAAGCUUAACUGUAAAUAAAAUUGCUAAAUUAAAAAAAGUAUUGAGUGUUGUA